CCAAUCAAAAUGUAUUCGGCCAUGUAUAUUUCCAAUUUCGUCAGCGACAAGGACAAUUAUGAUAGAGGCGUUGGCUUCUACGAUAACAACAACAGUAGUACGCAGAAUUCACAGUCGCCUCGUGUAUACGAAUUCGGCAAGUUCGAGGAAAACUAUGGCUGGAUUCAAUGCCAAUCUAAAAGCUAUCCCAACCGCGUGUACUACCACAACACGCGGACUGGCUGCAACUCGUGGUACAGACCUGUUUCGCAUUUCAUGGACAUCCCAUUCGUCUCUGUUAGAAGGGCAAAUUACACGGGCGAUACUGUGGAAUCGACGAACGAUUUGGAAUUGAUGUCGGUAUCAGACGACGAGAAAGAGAAACAAAUUCCUACACGCGAUGGCAACAAAUCGUUGAUCGAUGUCAUGGAUAUCAUGGCACGAUAUUACUACACUCUUCAGAUUCCCGAUGCUGACUCGUCCAAUAUGAUGGACGGGAGUGACUGUUAUAAGGAAAAGAAACAAGACAUUGAUGACGAAAACAACAAUAUAAAUGAUUCGUCAUUGUACGUCACGAAUUUUCUCGAGAAUGAAUUUUUCGAGGAUACUGAUCAGAAGACCGAGCAGAAGACCAAUCAAAUAUUGGAGGAGAAGACUAAUCACAUAUUGGACUCGUUGAGCGAUAACACUUCGAACAUAUCUUCCUUCCCAACGGAACCCGUCAUAUAUGGUGUACCGUGUUUGAAGAAGAUCGACGUUGAGUGCCAAUUGAUCGAGCCAAAGAAAACGUACAUCACCAGAAGGGAAAAACCAGAACCUAAGAAGAUCAUAAACGACAUAUACGGUGUAUCGCGUUUAAAGAAGAUCGACAUUGAGUGUCAAUUGAUCAAGCCAAAAAGAACGUACGACACCAGCAGUCGGAAAAAACCAGGACCUAAGAAGAUUAUAAGCGACAUAUACGGCGUACGGACCAUCAGUUACAAUCUGCCUGAACCGGAUGAGGUGUGCGCGGCGAUGGGAGUGAAAAUAUCAACGUUGAGCGAUAGCGACAGCGACGCGAGCAUAUUACCCUCGCCGUCGCGACGCACGAAAACGACGCGGCUAUUGGAGUCCGAGUGGCGCGAUAUAGAGAAGAACUUGCAUCAACCGUUACUGAGCGACUCAAGUUCCAGUUCGUCGUCACGGUCCGAUACGACCAGCUCCAGUUCUAGCUCUAGCUCUAGCUCGAAUCAAAAUAGCGACUCCAGUUCCAGUUGCAGCUCUUGCUCGUGUUCUUUAUGCGACAGAAAUGCUUGAUGUCCGAUCGAAAUGUUCUGUUAUCUUUAUGUACAAAGAACGAUUU